GUCCUCGACCUAAUGCUGGUUGUGAGAUUGUCAUUGAAGACUGCUGUCAGAAGUGGGACUGUGGCAAGGACUGUAAGGAUCAGAAUGGUGUGCAUCAUAAUGUGGGAGAUACUUGGGUGGACCCAAGAGAUCCCUGUAUGACCUGCCUGUGUACAUACUCUGGUAUUGUUAAGUCCAAGAAAGACUGUCCAUCUCCUGGUCCUCGACCUAAUGCUGGUUGUGAGAUUGUCGUUGAAGACUGCUGCCAGACGUGGGACUGUGGCAAGGACUGUAAGGAUCAGAAUGGUGUGCAUCAUAAUGUGGGAGAUACUUGGGUGGACCCAAGAGAUCCCUGUAUGACCUGCCUGUGUACAUACUCUGGUAUUGUUAAGUCCAAGAAAGACUGUCCAUCUCCUGGUCCUCGACCUAAUGCUGGCUGCAAGAUUGUCGUUGAAGACUGCUGUCAGAAGUGGGACUGUGGCAAGGACUGUAAGGAUCAGAAUGGUGUGCAUCAUAAUGUGGGAGAUACUUGGGUGGACCCAAGAGAUCCCUGUAUGACCUGCCUGUGUACAUACUCUGGUAUUGUUAAGUCCAAGAAAGACUGUCCAUCUCCUGGUCCUCGACCUAAUGCUGGUUGUGAGAUUGUCAUUGAAGACUGCUGUCAGAAGUGGGACUGUGGCAAGGACUGUAAGGAUCAGAAUGGUGUGCAUCAUAAUGUGGGAGAUACUUGGGUGGACCCAAGAGAUCCCUGUAUGACCUGCCUGUGUACAUACUCUGGUAUUGUUAAGUCCAAGAAAGACUGUCCAUCUCCUGGUCCUCGACCUAAUGCUGGUUGUGAGAUUGUCGUUGAAGACUGCUGCCAGACGUGGGACUGUGGCAAGGACUGUAAGGAUCAGAAUGGUGUGCAUCAUAAUGUGGGAGAUACUUGGGUGGACCCAAGAGAUCCCUGUAUGACCUGCCUGUGUACAUACUCUGGUAUUGUUAAGUCCAAGAAAGACUGUCCAUCUCCUGGUCCUCGACCUAAUGCUGGUUGUGAGAUUGUCAUUGAAGACUGCUGUCAGAAGUGGGACUGUGGCAAGGACUGUAAGGAUCAGAAUGGUGUGCAUCAUAAUGUGGGAGAUACUUGGGUGGACCCAAGAGAUCCCUGUAUGACCUGCCUGUGUACAUACUCUGGUAUUGUUAAGUCCAAGAAAGACUGUCCAUCUCCUGGUCCUCGACCUAAUGCUGGCUGCAAGAUUGUCAUUGAAGACUGCUGCCAGAAGUGGGACUGUGGCAAGAAUUCGACUUGUCCAGACCCAAACAGCUUUGAACGUUACUGUAAACAGUACUACGACCAGUGUCAAAGCGAUUUGGACUGCAAGUCAGGAAUGCAGUGUUGUCUUGUGGCUGGAUGUGGUAAAGAAUGCAUGAGUGGAAAUGGUGAAAGGUGUCCUGAUACGACCGGAAUAGUUACACCCUGUGUAGUUACUGAAGAAGACUGCAGCACUGAUGAAGACUGUGAAGGAAUCCUCAGAUGUUGUCCUUAUGGCUGUAGCAAGAGGUGUCUUGUUCCUGGAUCAGAGUGUCCUGCACAUUGCCCUCCCAUCCACAAGCCAGUGUGUGGUUCAGAUGGCAAAGUCUACUCUAGCGAGUGCGAUCUUAAACAGAGGUCCUGCAGGACGCCGUACCUCAAGAAAGUAAAAGAUGAAUAUUGUUAAGGAAUGAAAACUUACUGUAGCCCACUCCACCCAUGUCCCUGGAUGAAGAUUAACAUGGACCUUCAACUCGAAUGUUAUCCUCAUUGUUUACUUUUUCUAAACAUUGUGGGCUGCAGUGGAACAAUGUAUAAAAUAGUUAUUUAGAAUGUUAUUUAUUGUAUAUAAGCUUGACUUUAAUAAAGGAGGA